AUUGAAAGUGAUAUUUUCCUUUAUUACAACGCUUUUCAUAAUACUUACAAUUUAUUUUGUUUAUUGUAUGAUUACUAUGUUUGAUGCGACUGCAUUCAUUGAAAAAUAUAGCACCAAAGAAGAACUUAAUGAAUUCUGCACAGCAAUGGACAAUGAGACCAAUAGAAAAUUUGAUAGUGUUUUUAAACAUGGGAUACUAACACAAGAAAACCAAGUAGACCAUUCUUACUCAAAAAUAAAAGUUUCACCGGACAAAAGCAAACAAAAACCAGUAACAGUAAGUCAUUUUACCUACAGGAUAUUUACAAAAACUGACAAAGAAAUUCAAAAUUCAAAUUUUUAUAAAGACCUCGAAAGGUGUCUUGGGGCAGUGAAAGGGAAAACUGUACAUACGAUAGCUCUAACACGGGAUUAUAUCAUGGCAUUCCUGAACUGGUUAAUUGUCGCCCAAUUUUUCACAACUCCACCAAUUAACAACAUUCUCAUAGUAACCACAGAUUGUUAUGUUUACACUUUUCUUGUGAAGAAAGGAAUCCCGGUUGUUUUUCUACACGUAUAUGAUAUUUUGAUAUAUCCAUUCACGCCCCGCAAAGUGAGAAAAGUGGGAAAGCAAACACACUGGAUCGUGAGACUUCACACAUGGAGAAUUAUUAACAUUUUGGGAUACAACGUAAUGUCAUAUGACUUAGACUCACUACCUCUGCGUAACCCAGAGAUUUUAUUUGAGGAGUAUCCCGACGCAGAUAUUAUCGGUCAAGCUGUUGGAAAUUAUCCUCAUCAAGUACGGGAUGCCUGGAUGUUCUUUACACUCAACAUGGGUACGAUCUUCAUCAGAAAUACACCUGGAACAGAAAAAGUAUGGGAGACUAUAUCAAAACUAACUGAAAAAUUUGAUCGAAAAGCUGAUGACCAAGUUUUCAUGAACAAGGCAUUGCACAGCAUGGGAUUGACCUGGGAUUCCCCACCCAUUCAACUAUAUGGAGGAAGCAAAAAUUGGGACCUUAAUGCAAAGCAAGAAAAUGAAUUUCUAUUUGGACCAACACGAGGAAUAACAACUGAUGGUGGUGUAGUUGUUAUUGGAGUACCAGCAAGUUUGUUCUGUCGCUUCUCGUGCAAUUUGAAUUCGAUAAAAAAUUAUAUGAUCUGGCAUUAUCCUAGUAAGGUAUUUGGCGGGGAUAUAUGGUUUCUGAAGCAGGAUUGGGCAAGAAUUACAUUAGAUAGUGAGAAGAAAGGAUUGGAUUGGCUUAUUAAGAUAACAAAUCAGGAAGAACUUAGAAGAAUCAAACUCCUAGCUGCUUAAUUGACAUCUGUAUUAUAUCAAAGAUAUAGUUCUCAUGCAGAAGCAAAGUCAAUAAACAGAUAAUGAGCUAUAUUUAGAUGUUAGGUCACUAUAACAUGAAGUAUUAAGUACCUAGCGAAGCAUUUGUAUGGAAGUCAGUGGAGCUGAAGGUCAGCUAUAUAUUCCUGUAUAGCCGC